UGUGGCCUGAAGCAAGAAAUUAAUGUGAGGAAACCCACCAAAAUCACAGAGUUGGAACUGUUCGGUAUGGAGGUCAGAUACUUUGACUGUGUUCAUCCUUGCUAAGUUCAAUGAUGAUGAAGAAGAAGAAAGGUUACACAGUGUCAGAGAUACUGGAGAAGGACUGCUAUCCUGCCAGCUGUCAAUCAACCCUUUGUUUGCGAGAGAACUACCUCACACACCACAGUAUAUACAGAGAAAUACAGACCACUGACCCACUGCCCACUACAAGUGGCCUAGCCCUGUCAUCAUUCUUUAAAACAGCACCUCGCAUUGGUGGACACUUAUGGCCUUACUAUGCUACUAACAUACAACAACCUAUUUGUGGGCAUGCUUCACUCAUUUCUCACCCCAUGCUUUCCUCUCAAACUUUCAGGGUGCUUCCUCGCACCUGCGUAAUUGUAACCAAUAAGAUUAAAGCAACUAGAUUUACUAGUUCUGUAGAAGUCCAAAAAGUCACUUCUAAUUUAAGCAGUCACUCUCCUCCAUCCAGUCCUGGUCAUAUUCCUACAGAAACAUCCCUCAUCCCUGACCAACUCAAAUCUGAAUCCAAAGUUCCCAGAGGUUCGCAGGCCAGGGAGGCCUCAGAUCUGAGAAGUGAUAGGGGAUGUGAGGACACAGGGUUCAGGAAACGGCCAUACCCGUUACAGAAGCAGAACGGAAAGCUCCAAUACGACUGUAACAUCUGCGGGAAGAACUUCAGCCAGCUGUCCAACUUGAAGGUCCACCUGAGGGUGCACAGUGGAGAAAGGCCAUACAGUUGUGUGACCUGCAAGAAAGACUUCACUCAGCUGGCUCACCUACAGAAGCACAAGCUGGUGCACACAGGAGAGAAACCACACGAGUGUCCAGUGUGCACUCGGCGUUUCAGCAGCACAAGUAAUCUGAAGGCUCACUUGAGGCGCCAUACCUGUUUCCCAUCAACUUCACCAAGGAUAUCUACCUGAAUUUACACAAACACCCCUUCCCCCCUCGCCUGAAGUCCUUUUUUGGCUUUUUCUUACUUCAUUUUAGCGAAUGCACCUUAGUUCUUCUGCUAAACAGAUAGGAGACUAUCUUUAAUGUGGUUGCCACUGCAAAAAGAAGUUCAUGUCAUGAAAACCUGAUCAUCAAACCGUCAUCAUUAUCAUCAUCAUCAUCAUCAUCAUCAUCAUCAUCAUCAUCAUCAUCUAUCUGUGAUCUACAUACCCAGCAGCAUGUUUUCUGACACUUUGUAGGCAAAUCUGUUUUAUUUUAUGUAUCUUUUUGCAUUAAUAAACCA